UAUUUUAAUUUAUUAUUAGUUAUUUUAGUACUAAUAGUCCAUAUAAUUCUUGUUUUAUCCUUGAUUUUCUUAAAUUUUAGUAGACUGGGUUGCCUAUGCUGAGGAAGGGAAUAUUUUAGGUUUUAUAACGGCGCAGUUCGGUUAAUUUCGUGAUGCUUCGGAAUUAAAGGGCACCAAACAAUUGAACGCACUGUUUACAUAUCCUAACGUAUUUUCCCGCUCGUCCAGAAGUUUCCAUGGAUGAAAGAGUAUUUUUUAACAAGGGCUAUUGGAAUUUGUAUUGAAAGUUAUUCACCGGGUCCAAUAACAUAUGGUACAACGUGUUUACUGUUGUUUUGGUUGAUGUGCAAGGUGUUUCUUUAUGCAUUAACAUAUUAUUUGCUCAUUGAUUCCUUGGAAGCUAUAACUGUAACCUAACAAAAUGUCGGAGAAAUGUCGCAGUAAUAUUGGAGAUUUAUUUCAACAGCAACUAGGACUUCGAACGUUAAAAUCCUAUGACGGUUGUUUGCGGCGUUUGCGAUGUUCCCAGGAUGAUGAUUACAACUGCAUCUGGGGAUGUCAGGAAAUGCGGGAUGAUGCGAUGCCAGACACUCCGAUUUUUGCAUGUAAAUUUUCCAACAAAAACGGAAAUCAACAUCUUCUAGCAAUGGCAAACGAAGACGGCAAAUUGGUAAUCCACGAUACGCAAUCUUCGUCCCCACGCAAAGGCGAAGACAUUCACCACAAUGCGAUUUUUGAUCUUGCGUGGCUGGCGGAAAGUUUCAAACUCAUUACAGUUUCCGGUGAUCGCACAGCGCGACUCGUAGACAUCGAGAACGACAUGCAAGUCACGCAAAUCUUCAUGGGACACACGCGAUCAGUGAAGACAGUCGCAACCCGUGACGGCGAUCCGUCAACCUUUGCAACGGGCAGUCGCGAUGGUAGUAUUCGCGUAUGGGAUACGCGCUGCGCUACAGCCAGCGUCAGCCAUCUUGUUCAGCCGGAUAGAACAAUUCCCAAUUCGCAUUGCAGGACGACACCAACAAGCAGCAGCAAGCGUAAAGCUGCGGUAAGUCAAGCUGUAACAGCGGCUAAUUCAGUAACUAGCUUGGUAUUCCAAGAUGAUGAUAAAUUGAUUUCGUGCGGAUCUGGGGAUGGGUUAAUCAAAGUCUGGGAUUUGCGCAAAACUUACAUCAGCGGCAAACCUACCGCGAUGAAAGAAAUUGCUUAUAGCGGUCAUACUACGCGAAAUGGAUUUAGUAAUCUUUUACUGGAUAAAUCUCGACAACGUUUGUACGCCAAUUGCUUAGACAAUACAAUUUACGCGUACAAUAUAGCAACUUAUCAUCCGCAACCUGUUAUGGAGUAUAAAGGACAUCAGAAUAGUACUUUUUAUAUAAAAGCUGCGCUGAGUAACGAUGGUAAUUAUUUGCUCAGUGGUAGCAGCGAUCAGAAUGCGUAUAUUUGGAAUAUAAAUAAUAAAUAUCCAAUUGUACGCAUGGUUGGACACACUGCGGAAGUAACUUGCGUCGCCUGGCGGCAAGACGGCGAAACUACAGUGGUCACUUGUUCGGAUGAUGUGAAGCAUAAAAUAUGGCGUAUCGGACCUGAGUAUCUUCCGGAUAAUUGGUCCGCUGAAGGUAGAGGUGCUGCAGAAUGUUUGAGCCCAGUCACAACGCCAACUAAAAGCCAUCAGUCGUUGAAACGACACUUGGAAGUGAAUGAAAAUACGCCGGUACAAGUUAAGCUACCCAAGAUGGACGUUAUGAAACGUGAAUUAGAGGGCGCUGCAUCACCCGAAGCUAAACGAUUCAAUUCCGGUCGACGAUUGUUUGCUCUGCAGGAAAUCAACGAGGAAAACGAAUGCGAACACCAUGCUGACCGCCAUAUGAGAAAAGCAACAACUUCCACUGCUGGUACUCAGGGAGAUCUCGCUGUUAUUCUUGAAGAUACACCAGAUGAAGAGAGUUUUAAAACGCCAAAGGCGAGUGCUAUUCAUAAAGCAACCGCAGCUACAACACCAGAAGAUACUUAUUCUCCCACAACGAAUUUGCCCAAUUUCGUGGUCGAUGGCAGCGCACCACAUUUACAUUUUUCGCCGCAAAAGCGAAUGCCUAAAGACUGGCUGACGAAUAUGCGCCGCGAGCGGUCUCUGGUAAAAGAAAUGCAGGACUUGGCAGCGGGGCCAUCUUCACCAAAAGUACCACGAUUGGAAGAUCAAGGAUACCCAAAUCCAACGCCUAGUCCUAGCUCGAGGCAUAAGACGCCAAAGAGGCGAAACAGUCGCUCCGGCUCGGCAGGUGCAUCAACUUCAACAGGUCAGAGCCCCAUUUUGAAAUUUUUCAGAGUCUCAAACAGUAACAUUCUCAAUAAUACGCAAUGCUCCCCGAAAUCUCCUUCACUCCUCACCGCUACCAAUAAAAUGCGGACAGCUGAGGGGUGAAUUGUAUUCAACCCGAAUGAGAAUCUCAUUUUUUAAUGUUUAAGUUAUUUAUUUGCAAACAUUUUGCAAACUUUCAUUCUGCUGUGAAUAUUGAUCGUCAUAUAUAUUAUUAUUUAAAAAUUAAAUUUUAACAAUUUUAA